AUGCCGUCUGAUAGGCAGGAGGAAAAGCUGCCGACAAAUCCGCGGGAGUUCCCGGAUGACCGGACGCCGAAUUUCAUUCUCAAGGCAAAGAAUGGUCACUUUCACUUCAUGAUGGUGGAGCCCGAUGUGUCCAAAAACUACCUGUGGUACAUGUCAGAGCCGAAGCUCGUCAGAAUUCCCGAGCUCGAGGCGGAGAUGCGCGUUACGGGACGCCGCUGGUACGCGACGGACAAGGCUGGCUUUGAGCUGCAGAAGAGGAACAACGCUGUCGCGACUGACGGUGAGCCGUACGUCUGCCUGCACAAUAUGAAGAACCCCGAGCUGUAUUGGUUCGGUAAGCGCCACGCAGAGCCGCCGGUGGAGCAGACGACGUUGGUGAUUUCCGUCGGAGAGCUGUACUUGAAGAGCGCUAUUCACCGCAAGCGGCUGGUUCGUGUGCUUAUGGACAAUAUACGGCGCGUUCUCCAGAAUCCGCAAGUCUUCCGAAACGGUGACACUAUGAUCGAGGUGCGCAAGGAGAUACCCACGAAGGAGCAGUUGAAGCUGCUUGCGCUGCUGCCCGGUAUUGCCAAGAUUUACGAAGCCUCUCAGGAGAGGGAGGAGCGCAAGGGUGAUCCUCGCGGCGCGUUCAUCUGCUCCGGCGCGCAGGGGAUCCCCAUUACACCCGAUCAGCGUGUGCUCGCUCUCAUCAGUGGUGGUAUCGACAGCCCCGUGGCCGCGUAUCGGAUGAUGACGCGCGGCUGCCUCGUGAACGGUGUGCACUUUCUCAACAGCACCAACGACACUGCCUCCGUUGUGGAGAAGAACCGGCGCAUCUGCGAGCGCCUGUCGACCGUGCAAGGUCGCUUUGACAUGCACUACGUGGACAUCAGCACACUGCAGUCGCAGAUCGUGGCGAACGUGCCGAACCACAACCGCACCUUAAUCUACAAGUGGUUUAUGCUGUCGCUUGCAGCCAGCUUUGAUGACUCAUGCUUCAUUGUCACCGGCGACUCUGCUGGGCAGGUGGCAUCGCAGACGGUGCAUAACAUCAGCACGCUCUACCCCACCAUUUGUAAGGCUGUCAUCGCUCCCCUGAUUGGUGUGACGAAGAACUUUAUCAUUGACGAGGCGCGCAAGAUCAACACCUUCGACCUCUCCAUUCAGGAGGGCGCGGACUGCUGCCAGUACAUGAUGUGCAAGUCCGGUGCAAAUCUGAUGAUGGGCCGCCGAACCCUUGAGGCGUGUGUACGCCGCAUCAAGCUGACCGAGCUCGAGGUGAUGAAGGAGGUGUACCGCGACGGGAAGCUGUGCGAGUCGUCCGAGUUCACAUACUAUCCUCAGUCUGGCGUACGUGCGUCAAACAACACACCGCCUCCAGCGGGGUUGGUGCAGGAUGGUUCGAACGAGGACGAUGUGCACGACGUGGUCUACUUCGACGCCGCCGCCGGAACUAAGAUGGCAGAGCAGGUCAGGAUGGCCAUGAUGCGCGCCCCCGAAGGGAAUCCGAAUAGCAUGCACAUGAGCGGCCGCGAGGCUCGCAUGGCAGUGGAAAAGGUGCGUAGUCAGCUGGCAAAGGUGAUGCAUGUGCCGGCGAACGACAUCAUUUUCACCUCAGGUGGGACAGAGUCGAACAACAUUGCGCUGAACGGCUACCACGUCGUGCGCGAGCCGUGGUCGCACGCUUCGACGAGCGAGAAUCCGAACGUCCCUGACGGGGCUACUGUGGUGAAGGUGGUGGACCUUGUAAACCACGAGACGGGCAGCAUUAAUCGCAACCUGAUUCGCCCUGAGGGCGGCCGCCUUCACAUUGACGCAAGCCAAGCUCUGCUCAAGAUCGAUUUUGGCUCUCUCGACCUGAGCGAAGUCGACUCCAUCACGGUCACGGCGCACAAGAUUAACGGACCCGUUGGUGUUGGUGCGGUUUACCUGCGGGGCCUGACGUGCAACAAGCUCUUCAGCGGCGGCUCGCAAGAGAAGGGCAUCCGCCCGGGGACGGAGAAUGUUCCUGCGAUUGUUGGCUUCGGCGCAGCUCUAGCCCUCGACCGCAGCCACUCGGUUCAUAAGGAGAUCGACGCUCUCAUGACGGAGGAGUUGGAAAAGAUGGGGUGUGAGAUCAACCGUCGCGGGGAGACCAGCGGCUACAUCGUGCACGCCACCCUUCCGCAAGGCUACAGCAACACAGAUGUGGUGUCACGCCUCUCCACCAAGUACCAUGUCGAAAUCGGCACCGGAUCUGCGUGUAAGACGAAUGAGGUGAACACAACCGUCUACGACACGCUGGGCAAGACACCUGCGCCGACGCGCUCCAUCCGCAUCAGCUGGGAUUCUUUUGCCACCUUGAACGACGCGGAGCGUGUCUUGAGCGCCUUGAAGAAUGUCCUUGGCGAGAUCAAGCUGGUGCGCUAG